CUGCGAGUCGGGCUGUUGCAGCGUUGUGGUAGGUGGUCCGCGCUGCUCCAGCUCCAGUUCAGCAAGCCUUGGCCGGGGUCUUGCUGUUCUCGCCGCAGCCUACGCCGUCGCCGCCGCCGCCUCCGCCGCCUCCGCCUGCUGGGCUGCUCUGCGGGAACAUGGUGUGCUUCCGCCUCUCCCCGGUUCCGGGCUCGGUGCUCAUCCUGCUGGGCUUCGUCCUGGGUGCGGUCCCGUCUUAUGCAUUUGAGCUUAAUUUGACAGAUGCAAAGAAUGUCACUUGCUUUUAUGCAAAAUGGCAGAUGAAUUUCACAAUAAACUAUGAGACUACAAACAAAGAUAACAAAACUAAAACCAUUUCAGAUGGUUCAGAAGGCAAUACAACAUCUGAUGAAAGCACUUGUGGGAAUGGACAGAAUGUUACCAAAAUCAAGAUGAAAUUUGGACCUAGUGUUUCUUGGAUUGUGAAUUUUACCAAGAUGUCUACUAAUUAUUUAAUUGAAGGCAUCUCAUUUUCCUACAACACUUCAGAUAACAACACAUUUCCUUUUGCUCAAGAUAAAGGACUUCUUAAGAGUGAUUACCAUAUGAACUUAACAGUUCCACUGGAUGAGAUCUAUAGGUGCAAUAGUUUAUCAUAUGUAGCAAAUGAUAAUGUUGUCCAGUACUUUUGGGAUGUUCACUUUCAAGCUUUUGUCCAAAAUGGCACAGUGAGCACAAAAGAAUAUCUGUGCUAUCAAGAUAGAAGUACAACCACCGUGACGCCCAUUGCUCCCACCACCACACCUGCCCCUACAACACCUGCUCCAAAGGAAAAACCAGAGGUUGGAAACUAUUCGGUCAAGAAUAGCAAUGUCACAUGUCUUCUGGCUACCAUGGGACUGCAGCUGAACAUCACUGAUGAGAAGGUUGCUACGGUUAUUAACAUCAACCCCAAUGUAACGGACUUCACUGGCAGCUGCCAUCCUCAGACUGCUCUACUUAGGCUGAAUAGCAGUAACAUUCAUUAUCUGGACUUUGUCUUUGAGAAAAAUGAAAACCGAUUCUAUCUGAAAGAAGUGAAUGUCAGCAUAUCUUUAACUAAUGGCUCUGUUUUCAACAUGGAAAAUAAUAAUCUUAGCUUUUGGGAUGCCCCACUGGGAAGUUCGUACAUGUGCAACAAAGAGCAGACUGUUCCAGUGUCUGGAACAUUUCAGAUAAAUACCUUCGAUCUCAGGGUUCAGCCUUUUAAUGUGAUGGAAGGAAAAUAUUCUACAGCGCAAGACUGCAGUGCAGAUGACGACAACUUCCUUGUGCCCAUAGCGGUGGGAGCAGCCUUGGCAGUAGUUCUUAUCCUAGUGUUGCUGGCUUACUUUAUUGGUCUCAAACGCCAUCAUGCUGGAUAUGAGCAGUUUUAGAACUGACAAUCUGAUCGGUUAUAUAAAAUCCAUGUACUUAACAAGAUUUCCUUGCCUCUCAGUUUGCAAACACCUUCCUCCUUAAAACUGCUAAUGUUGAAACGUUUAAUUCUUUAAAUCAGUUUCAGAUUUUUGAGAUAAGUCUUUAUAAUAAAAAUUGUUCUCUUUGAUCUGCUUAAAAUAAAAAUGUUAUUUCCUGGUCCUGAAGGCAAACUUUGUUAAGGAAAACAUCGGUGUGCAGUGUUUUAAGGUCUGUCUUAAAAAGCCUUGAUCAAAUUUUGAUCCUAGCCUCAGGUGCCUUUAAUUUAUUAACAUGGACACUAUUCGAAUAAAAUAUGUAGUUAUUAAUGGAAUUAAUAAAUAUUGUCCAACUACCGAUGUUCUGUUUCAGUGUAUGAAAAGUAUUCUAAUGUACACU